UGUUUAAAAACAGUGCAUGACUGGCGUACGUUUGUUCCUUCCGACCACACAAAUACCAAGUGAUGUGAGCUGAUCUAAUCUAAUUGGAUGAAAAAAUAAAAUUAUUAUUUCGCGGUUGUUAUAGGCUACUGAGUGCGCAAGUCGGGGAGGUAACAUGUAAGCGUCGGAGCCAAAACCUGGAAGUUUGUCUCAAAAGUUAUAGUUUAACAGUAACUAUGGGACUGACUAGUAUCCUAUUUGUUGUCUGUAUCGGCGCUUCAGCUACCAGCAGAGUGUACCAAGAUGAGUGUGUGGCUCGUAACUUUGGCCACGGAUCGGUGGUGUGUGAAUGCAAUGCCUCAUACUGCGACUCGGUGAGGUCCCCGCAAGUACCCCCGGUGGGCCUAUUCAUGAGCUACAUGAGCAACAAAGAGGGCAGCCGACUGGCAGGGGGGCAGGGGCAGGUGCUGAAGAACAGCACGGGGGCAGUUCUGAGGCUCACCAUCGUCCCCUAUCAGAAGUACCAGAAGAUCAAAGGCUUUGGGGGUGCCAUGACUGACUCAGCUGCCAUCAACAUCCUGUCCCUGUCAGGUGGCGCCCAGAACCAGCUGCUCAGACAGUACUUUGCUCCUGAAGGCAUUGGGUACAGUGUGGUACGAGUUCCCAUGGCCAGUUGUGAUUUCUCCACGCGUCUUUACACCUACGCUGACACCCCAGGGGACUACGACCUGAACAACUUCACUCUGUCUGCUGAGGACAUCAAGAUGAAGAUCCCACUGAUCCAGAAGGCCCAGGCAAUGUCCCCUAAACCGCUGUCCCUGCUGGCCAGUGCCUGGAGCGCCCCCGCCUGGAUGAAGACCAACGGUGCACUCAUUGGCAAGGGAUCCCUGAAGGGCCAACCAGGAGGGAAGGAGUACAAGACCUGGGCUCAGUACUAUGUCAGGUUCCUUGAGGAAUACGGGAAGUUUAAUCUGUCCUUCUGGGCAGUGACCACGGGCAACGAGCCCUCCGCGGGUGAGAUGACCAAUUACAGCUUCCAGGCCCUGGGUUUCAGGCCCGAAACACAACGUGAUUGGGUGGCCAUGGAUCUGGGUCCCGCCCUUCAUGCCUCAGCGUUUCCUAAGACCCAAGUGAUCAUCCUGGAUGACCAGAGACUUCUGCUGCCUCAUUGGGCUAAAGUGGUCCUGAGUGACGUUCACGCUGCCCGCUACAUCCAUGGAAUCGGGGUGCACUGGUACAUGGACUGGUUGGCACCAGCCGAGCUCAGCCUGGGCACCACACAUCACCUGUUCCCUGAGUACUUCCUGUUCGGGACGGAGGCCUGCGCUGGGUUCAGCCCGCUGGACCGCGGCGUGAAGCUCGGCAGCUGGGAGAGAGCGGAGGAGUACGCCCACGACAUCAUAGAGGAUUUAAAUCACUAUGUGACAGGCUGGACGGACUGGAACUUGGCUCUGGAUCUUGGUGGAGGGCCCAACUGGGUGAAGAACUUCGUGGACAGCCCCGUCAUCGUGGACAAGGAGAAAGACGUGUUCUACAAGCAGCCCAUGUUCUACAGCAUGGGCCACUUCAGCAAGUUCUUGUGGGAGGGGUCUCAGCGUCUGGGCGUGUCGUACAGCAAGGCCUCCACCCUGGAGAGCUCUGUGUUCAUGCGCUCUGAUGGUGCACUCGUCAUCAUAGUUCUGAACAGGCGCGAGGAGCACAUUCCAUUUGAAAUCUGGGACCCUGCGCUCGGCUUCAUCCCCAUUGAUGCUCCUGCUCACUCAAUAAUAACGGUUGUCUGGGCAACACAGUGACCAUGACAGUGCUGCCUCAACCACACACACACACACACACACACACACAAAAUCAAGAUCAAUCCAAAAUAAUGAUUCCAGGGGGAAUGACUAGCACACUUUCACUUUUAAUUUAGCAACUUUUAAAUGACUUUUUUUUACCUCCACAUCAAGUAUUACGAGCAUGAGUUUUCCUCUUCUGAUUUAACCCAGUGGCAACAAGGGGAAUGCCAGUUGGUCUGGGAGUUCCCCUGAGCUGCGUACGGACUGUGCCUUAAUACUGGGAUGAGAAGCAGCUUAUUGGGAGCCCUAUCAGGUCAAAUUCAAAGACGAGGACUGAGAAAUAAGGAUAACACAUUUCAACUCUUGACUCUGAUGCACUGCUUGAAUAAAACAACGUAUAAAACAAA